AUGGUGUUCUGCAGACGUAAACCACUGGUUCUGCCGGCUCCUAGACCCUUACCUGCGAACAUCAACGUUAGAGUAUGGCACAUCAACGAGACAGGAGAAUGGUUUCUGAAAUAUACAGAGUAUCUGGAACGUAUGGAUUUCUACAUGAGACGGCAGUUCAGCUGCGAAAUCACCGGAUCGUCGUUUCUGACGUUUUUCGAGGCGCUGAACAGCGAGGAAACCGAGUUUCGACUCGUGGAGGAGAGGUUUCCUCUCAAGUUGCGUGAACCAGUGGCCAAAUUCAUGCAUUUUAAUGAAAUCGGCAGGGUAGAUUUGCUGGUAGAACGUGCAUAUUCGCGGUUUAAGGCGGAUUUUUAUCCUGGAGAGAGAGUGUUUCUGAGACGCAAAAGCGAUAAGGUGGCAGAGGACUCGGCUCCAAACGCUCACAAGUCGUAUAUCGUGAAAGAGAAGGCCAGCUUCAACGCGGUUUUUGAUCUCACGGGGUCUCAGGUCAUCAAACCGGCUUUUUCCAAGUACAUGAUCACCGAAGAAUUUGGCGCCAAUUCGCUGAUGGUGGACCAACAUGAAAUCUACCGGGACCGUACGUCGUUCACAAAGCAUCUGAUCAAGUGCUUCUGCAAAAUUACGUUGAGACGUGCCUCUGCCAAAAGCGGGGCGCCGCUUUGCGUCAAGGACGAGUACCUCGCCAUGUAUGGGCUCACCCUGGACUGGCCUGUUUCGAUGUUGAAAUACAAGGAGGAAGUACCAGAGCCUCGCCUUCCGCGGCCCAACAGCCAGCUUGCGCAAAACGGCUCCAAACCUCUCCCGUGCCCGCCACAUAAUCAGAACAAUGCCAAGAGAUCAAUUGACAACCCAAAUAAUGAUACCGAAAACAAGAAGCAGAAAAGCACUGCAGAACCAACCACAUGUCCUUCACCAGCAGCCUCUGCAGUCGAAGACAGUACUCGUCCUUACAACGGACCCAACAGAGCGCUUAAAAAUGCUUUCUACUACAACAAAGACCUGGACCAUGUGCCUGUCACUCAACCAGGUCAAAGAUUCGAACAUAUGUACAAGCUUCUGGAAGUGUUUCAAUUCUGUCAAACCUUCAGCAAGGUGCUGCUUUUGUCACCAUUCAGUUUGGACAAUUUCAUCAGGAGCUUGAAAUCUACAGGUCCCAAAGCGACGGCUCUCUUUACUAUUAAAGGUCGAGUAAACUCACCGCUCUUUGAGCAAAAAAGCUCGACAAAAACGGUAGACCUCGAUGGCGAUGAAAAUUUGCAAGAUACGCUCGACCGCGCCGAAAAGCGCUGUCCAGGCAUUCGAGAUCUCGUCGAAAACCAAAGCUCUUCACUUGUCAGCUUUGAAGUCUCCGCAGUGGAUGAGAAUGAAAGUGUCACCUUCGAUAAUGUCGAGUCCAGCGGGACAUCACUGAUAAUUGAGUGCUUUGUGGCUCUAGAACGAUUAUUCGUCAACGAAAGCGGUGAUUGGAACUGUAUGGUUAUGGACAAGUGGUAUGAUGAGGACGAAAUGGCAGACUUGCCCGCAAAGCCUGAAAGUGUCGACGCCGAACGCGAUGUUGAAGACUCCAAAGAUGAUACCAAACAAGAUGAUGAUACAUUUACUGACCCUGAAAUUGAUGUCCUGCUGGAACGGUGCCUCAAUUUCCGUAAGGUUUCAUGGACGGAACGUUUGUCAAAAAGGCAAUUUAAGAACGGUUUUUGGAUUAUAGUCUUACUGGGGAUUUUUCAAGACUGUAUGCAUAUACCAAUGUACACCAGUUUUGCACACAGAUUUAUCAGGGCUGUCGUGCCGUCUGAAGGAUCCGCUACUCAUCUGAACAAAAUUCUGUGGCAGAACUUUUGUGAGAAUCUGAGCUUGGAAGACAAACUUUACGCCUUAUGGAUAUUGGUGGAUAUAGCUUCCAACUUUUCUCAGGACAUCAAAACGUAUGUUGAAGACACCUUAGACGUUUGCACCCAAAUUCGUAGCGAAAAGCUAAAACUGUCCAAGCGCCUAAAAUCCGAAAUGCAAAGCAUCUCACAACUAUCAAAUGAUCAAGAUCAGUCAAAUGAAAUCCAAUCACAAAUCGAUAAUCAUCAAGCAGCUAUCAAUAAGAUCAAUCACGAUAGAGAAUAUUUGACCCAAAAAUUGAUUGAAAAUGAUGUGAGAAGACUAAGACCCCUGGGCAGCGACCGAAAUGGUAACAAAUACUAUUGGCAAGAGCUGAGCGGUGUUCCACGAAUUUCCAAAGAUGAUAAUCACGAGAUUGGAUCUGGCAGAAUAUGGGUGCGAGGAAUCAGCGUAAGAGAUGCUGAAAGGCUUCUGGAACUUCCCUCUGAUAAACUAACAUCGUGGAAAAAGCUGGCCAGUGAAAGCUCAAUCUUCGAGGCCACCGCGAAAACUUUCCAGAUCGCAAGGACUAACAAUGCGGCUCUUGUUUGUGAGACUAAUGCUGAAGAUCCCAUUCUAGUCUUCCCUGACGGCAGCGUCAACACCUCUCUAAUUGACUCAUCACCUCUCUACAGAAAGAUUGUGGACGAAACACCUGAAAACAUUUUAUUGAGCGAGUCUCUUUGGGUCUCAAUCGAGAAUCUGGAGGAUGUAAAUGAGCUGAUGCAGUGGGCUGCUGAUGAUGUAGCAAACGAUCAAGUCCUAUCCAAACAGAUGAGAGCAAUUAAGGAACCUCUAAUGGAAAGCUUGAAGCGGAGAAGGGGGAUAUCGGAUGCUUCGAUCAAGUCUACUGAAAUGCAGCGUCUCGAGCAUGCGAUUGCAGUGAACUCAAUUUCUGAAAGCGAAAUAAACCAGUGCCAGAUUGACAACGAAGAAAAGCAGAUAGUCGAUGACGAUGAGGAGCUUGAAAAGAUCGCGACUGAAAUUAUGGAAUUAGACGAUGGACGUCAAACCAAAACGUCCCUCAACAGAAUAAGAGAGCUGGAGGAACGUCGCGAUUACUUGCUUAACGCACGUACUUUCAAAGAGCAUACCGAAAGGCAACAGUCUAGAGCACUUCGUAAAAAGGCGAUCUCUGCUAUAGAGGAGAAGGUAAGAAACCAGGAAGCUGCUUUGAGCUUCUACAUGAACAAGGUAACCCAAAUUUCGAAUCCGUCAGAAAAGCUCUGGACAAACGAGCUUGCCAGAAAACUCUGGAACACCUCUCUGUAUCUAGGUGCCAGCGGAAAACCUGUCACCAGAAACAAGUUGUCAGUUAAAGAGAGGAUGACUGAAAUUUUCGAUGGAAUGACGAGCACUCAUCAGAAAAGGACUUGA